AAAAUUUAAGUGGCCCUUUAAGCACAUAUCGUUUGAGUUUCAAAUCUCUAACAUCAUGUCGCUCAGCCGUGUCUGCCUCGUUUUAACUCUGGUGGUCCUUUGGAACUCUGCCGAAAGCGCUCCGAGGACCAAUUUCCAGAACUUAAUUGCAUCAUACAGUGAGUGGCCCGAAUCGUGUCAUGGCGCCAAUCAAUCGCCGAUCAAUCUAGUCAUUGAGGACAGCAAGCGAGCACACUACCCUGCUUUGCAGUUCAACGGGCACUGGAACUUCCAGGAAGGCGGAUUUGUGUUGAAAAACACAGGACAUGCUGCACAAAUUGUCUACUCCGGAGUGGCUCCCACUCUGACCGGUGGACCUCUGAAUUCCGAGUACACCCUUGCGCAAGUCCAUUUCCACUGGGGAAAUACUGCUGGAUCGGGCAGCGAACACGCAAUCAACAACUUCUUCUUCGAACUGGAAGGUCACUUUGUCCAUUACAACACAAAAUACGGCUCCGUCGCCGAAGCUCUUCACCACCCCGAUGGUUUGGCAGUGGUCGGAGUCCUCUUCAAGGGCGUUGAAUCUGCAAACAACAAUUUGAAUUUGAUCGUCGAUUCGUUGAGCAAAAUCGUUCCGACCGACUCGCAGACCCUUAUUUCCGGCGACGCCAUGAAUUGGUUCAAGCGAUACGACAAGACGCGCAACUUCUUCACCUAUUUCGGUUCUUUGACCACCCCUCCUUGCAGCGAGGUCGUCACCUGGAUCGUCCUGGCCGAACCUUAUUACAUCGGAAACGAACAAGUCAAAGCCUUCACCGAACUGUGGAGUCACGAAGGCCCUCUUGAAAGUAAUUUCAGACCUCUGCAGGAGCUCGAUGGUCGAGUGGUGGAACUCAAUUCCAAAUACUAAAAAAACAACGAAAUAUCCUUCAUUGGAAUUAUUUGAAAAUGAACAAUUUCAAAAACAAAAAGAUUAAAUUUAUUUGAAAGAAACUCCUUUAAUGAUAAUUAAUAUAGUAUUUUC